UCAGUCAGUCAGUGCCCAGUCACAGAUCCGUAUAAUGUGGAGGUGCGUUCGUCUAGCAGCGCUUACCCUGCCCUUCUGCCUGUCCAUGGUGGGAGGUGCAGCAGAAAUAUUCAAGAACCCUGGCUUCGAGAGCACCAACCCCCUCAGUAGUUGGGAAUGUGUCUCCUGUCAUAUGGCAGUGGCCAGUGACCACACAGAGGGCAGACACUCACUCAAGGUCUCGGCACGGACUAAUUCUCGGUCAGGAAUCAGACAGAACGUUGCUCUCCGGGACAAAACCCGGUACUCCCUGCAGUCCUAUGUGAAGCAGCUAACCAACCCGACUGGGAAACUGUACCAGCAUUACAUGAUACAACUGGACGUGACCCGAAACAAUGGAUCUACUGAAUAUAUACGGACGGCCUUUCGUUCGGUCACAUCACAUGACGGAUGGGUUCAACUGCGUAGUGACUUUGUAUUCUAUAACGAAGGUUACAGGAGAGUGAGUCUGAGGUUGAAUAAUCCAGAUGCAGGCGUUGACUUCCUGGUUGAUCACAUGUCACUCACGGAAAUACCCGAGGACAAAGAUUGGAAAUCAAAGGCGGACAAGAGGAUAGACCAGCUCAGGAAGAACAAUAUCCAUUUUAACAUCCAAGUCCCGCCCCACGUGUCCUAUGCGGAUCUUGUGAUUCAGGUGGAUCUCGUGAAACAUGGCUUCUCUUUCGGGUCCCAAACGAACACGAAGACACUGUCUCUCGACCCACACUACGCUGAUCUGUUCUACUACCUGUUCAACUUCGCCACGGUCAACGACUACUACUGGCACACUGACCCCAAGCCGCUGCACAAUCCUGAUUACAGCGCAGUUUCGAAGACACUUGACGAGCUCCAUAAACAUGGAAUAAAUGUGCGAGGCCACACCAUUUUCUGGGGGACACACGAACAAUGGGUUCCAGACUGGGUGAGGGCCUUGACUCCCAGCCAGGUGGAGCAAGCUGUGGAUGAGCGGAUACAGUACAUUGUCAAGGACACCAAGGGGAAACUGCAGCAGUGGGAUGUGAACAACGAAUUGGUGCGUGGACACUGGUUCGAAGAAAAGACUAGAGACAGAUUCUACACUCACAAGAUGUUCGCCAAGGUGCACCAGGCAGAUCCCAGUGUCAAACUCUUCCUCAAUGACAACAAUGUUGUGGCCACCGGAUUUGCUACUACAGCAUACGUUGUCCAAGCAAAGGAGUUUAAGGCUGCCAAUGUGGGUCUGUACGGCCUGGGUAUCCAGUGUCAUUUCCUGCCAUACACGGCUCCUGAUCCAACUCUCAUGAAGAGACGCCUGGACAUGUUGGCCACGACUGGCCUGCCUCUGUGGGUCACCGAGUUGGACGUUGUGGCCAGUACCGAAAACAUCCGAGCUGACUGGUACGACACGGCACUGCGCAUGCUGUUCAGUCACCCGGAUGUUGAGGGAAUCAUACUCUGGGGAUUCUGGGAUUUACAUCACUGGAGGGGCAAGGAGGCAGCUCUUGUUAAUGGACCUAACUUUCAUGUUAACGCAGCAGGAAAGAGAUACAUCGACCUCCUCUACAAGGAAUGGAGUACACACGUCACACACAAGGUGUCAUCAGGGACACAGUUUAACGUCCGAGGUUUCCAUGGUGACUACAGGGUCGUCGUCAAAUACCAUGGCAACCCGGUGAUGCAGCAGACUUUUACCCUGGGGAAACAGGACAAACAAGUUAACAUCCAGAUCACCGACGUCAACCAUCACAUAAACAUUCCAACAACGAAGUCCCCCAUCGACUACCACCGCGUCAUUUCUCACCCCGUGGCACACAUCAACGAACACUCAAUGGGACAAAAGACCUCGGGCACCUCCAGUAAGCUGACCUGUGUCUCGGCUUUCUCGGGCUUCUCUCAAGUUGGGAAUGACAAGAUGACGGAGGUUGGAUGUGCUAGCGGUUACGUCCUGACCGGAUGCUUGGGGAAAAUAAAGGAUAAUCGUAAUACCCGAGAUGGGGAGGCAGUUUACAUGCAGAAUGGGAACCCUCUUUGUCAGACAUAUGAAGGGAGUCAUGCAACUGCACCUGCUCAGGCGACGGCGAGAUGUUGUAAACUGACAGGCCUGAAGUGUGACUACCGGAAGUCAGGGGUCUCACAAGGAGUGCUGGACCAGCGGCUGGAGACCCAGUGUCUCAACAACAUGUUCGCUACAGGUUGUACGUCUCACAACAGCAACGAGCACACCGAUGGGGCGUUUCCUUCUUCCCAUUCGUGUUUUGCCCAGAAUUCUGAAAACUAUGGCGGUGUAACGUCCUAUGCCAUGUGCUGUUCAGCCCCUAAUCUCACCUGUCAAGUAAAGACGUCCAAACCCACGGGCAACAAAUUAGGGGACGUGGCCGGUGUUUCAUGUGACUCUGGGUGGCAGCUCGUGGGCUGCUCAGGAUUUUCUGAGGAUGGCAAAGUAGGAGGAGCGUAUAUUAAAGCUAACCCUGACCAGUGCGUGGCGGUGAAUGGAGCUGAGAGACUGUGGGGAGAGAUGGGGGUCACAGCCUUCGCCACCUGCUGCAGACCACACUGAUGGAGUUGGAAUAAAUACAAUAUCACUAGGAGAUG